CAGUGACGACGACAGUGGUGCAGUGGGCUUUGGAAUUUUUAUCGGGGUCAUAUCUACAUUAGGCGUUUUGCUCAUUUGUGGCAUAAUAAUUGGUGUUGCGAUAGGACUAAAUAAGGCAGGCGAGUCCAUGGACAAUUCAGAUGACGAUUUAGAUUCUACUGUUACUAUUUCCACUGACUUCUACUCACCAGGGGAUAGUCGACUGCUGUCUCUAUCCUCGUUCUUUUGCGAUGGUGGUUCUCUUGAGCUCUCGUCCAAUUCAGUUGAUGCUGAACUGUUUCUUAUCGACGACACGAGUAUACCGGCCCUGAAUGACACUAAUCAAUUUACUGUUUCUAUCGAGUCGACAAUUGAUUCAACGGAGUUUCGAUUCUGGCAGUAUCAUCUUCAUCCCAACUCUAACAUAUCAGUCUCUGUAUGUACCGAUCUGUUGGUUGAUCUCUACAUUGUGAAAGGCAAUAAUAAUGCAAACAGUUGGGCUAGUAACCCUAGCCAAGAUUUGGCUGAGAUGUUCCAAUAUGCACCUGCCUGUUGUAAUGAUUUACAGAAUACAUCGACCAUUUCAUAUCGAGUCGAGCAAGAAGAUGAGUACUAUGUAAUUUUACACAAUUCACUCUCAAUGGAGAUUAUUUUGAGCGCUUCUUUAUACUUUGAGAGAACAGAAUACAGUGUCCCUGACCUAAGCUCUAAGGAAUCGUGUUUUGUCAGUGAACAAGGAAAUUGCCUAGUAGGCAUUGACUAUAGCACUGGGUCUCAACAAUUCUUGGUGAUCACAUCCAUUCCCGAGCGUGUGGACUGGGGUGAGAACGUCGGAGUUUCACUAAUUUGUGACCAGAGAGGAUGGGCCUAUGCAGUUGUUAUCUUGGUGACCAUUUCUGUAAUAAUCACCCUUGUUGUAGCUGCCGUGGUGUUGGGAAUUGUCUGUUAUUAUAAGUGCUGUAUACUACCUCCAAAUCAGCAAACAUCGAAUUGCCUUGGAGUGACUUCAACCCUGACCCUCCUCCAAAUAACUCUGGAAAUGUGCACACGAUUGCGAGUGAUUUCGACCCUGACCCUCCGACCAACAAUUCAAGAAGUGUUGACAAGAUUGACCCAGACUUCAACCCGGAUUAUCUUCCUGAGAACUAAUCUAGUUUGUGUGAUGUACAUGUGCAUGUAUAUAUAUAUAGCUUCACAACCUGGUUAAAUGCAGAUUCAGUCAGUUUUGUCUCACUUUGCUUUUAUUUUU